ACAUCCCCUUAUGCAAAAUCUCUUUUCAUAACACAUUUCCCUUAAGAAGAUGAAGUUCAGGCCUAGUGUAACCCUCUUGGCAGCGCGUUUUAAAGGCGAUGCAGCCCUAGAUUAUUCAGAGCAGAUACAUUACUAAUGUGCUGGAUUCUGUAUGCAAUAUCAGAAUCAAACUUUGCAUGCGAAACACUUGGUGAUGGUUAGACAAACUUCAGAUACUUGAGAUGAUAACAGGACAUAUCUCAGCGUCCUCGGAGGUGUAUGUAACACCAUAGAUAAAUCUUAUAUCAACAACAAGAUACCGGAGAUGUUGGGUAUAUAAAGAAGUCACGAAUUUGAUACUUUGAAUCGUGAAAGUAAGUGACUAAUACUUGCAUUUGAGAUGGUUCGUCUUAAUCACACCAUUUAGGUGCAGCCUUCCUGGACUCUUGUAACCAUGGGAUGCUUUGGAAUAAAGAGAAAUGUACUGAGCUUAGAAUGAUGAAGCUAUUUCCAUGGCGUCGUUUAACCAUUCAAGCACAUGGUACCCUCUAUUCCAAAAUCCCCUCUUCAUCAUUCAUCAAUUUUUCCCCUUCUCUGUUCCAUUCUCAGCCAGAGCAAGAUGAUAUCUUCGACCCUCCAUUUUCUCCCCCCUUAAAAACCCAUAAACCCAAGAAAUCGAUGACAGAAAAGCAUGAAAAUGCAGCAUCCAACGAAGAUUCUGAAAAAGCUCACAACUUUACUGUCAAUUCCGACUUGCCCUUUGAUUUUCGCUACUCUUACUCUGAAACCAACCCGGCGGUUGAGCCAAUUGGUUUCCGUGAACCGCCUCGGUUCUCUCCGUUUGGACCGGGACGGCUUGAUAGAAAAUGGACCGGAACUUCAGCUCCGCGUUUACAGCCGGUGGAUUUGGAGAAAGUGGCAGAGGAGCGACGGCGGAUCCUCGGAGAACCACUCUCAGAGGAGGAAACGGCGGAGCUGGUCGAGAAGUAUCGUCAUAAUGAUUGCUCUCGUCAAAUGAAUUUGGGGCGGGGUGGAGUUACUCACAAUAUGUUGGAAGAUAUCCAUAACUAUUGGAAGAAGGCUGAAGCUGUAAGGAUCAAGUGCUUGGGGGUGCCAACUCUUGACAUGGAUAACGUAUGCUCUCAUCUCGAGGACAAAUCAGGUGGAAAAGUUAUCUAUCGCCAUAUUAAUAUCUUACUCUUAUAUCGUGGUCGACAUUAUGAUCCCAAAAGUAGACCUACUGUUCCUGUGAUGCUGUGGAAGCCUUUGGCUCCAAUAUAUCCAAAGCUUGUGAAGAAUGUUGCUGAAGGCCUGACGUUUGAAGAAACAAAGGCAAUGAGGAACAAAGGGCUCAAUGCUCCUCCUCUAACGAAACUCAGCAGAAACGGGGUGUACGUGAAUGUGGUGGGCAAAGUCAGAGCAGCUUUUGAAACAGAAGAAGUCGUUAGAUUAGAUUGUACCCACGUGGGAACAAGUGAUUGCAAAAGAAUUGGUGUUAAAUUACGGGAUCUGGUACCAUGUGUUCCUAUCUUGUUCAAAGAUGAGCAGAUUAUUCUCUGGAGAGGCAAAAGAGAUGAACAGAACAGAACUCCGGCUCCUGAAUAGAACUUAAGCUCACAGAUGUCUUUUGAAAUUUCGAGCUUCCAUCUUGGAGCAAGGCACUCACAAUCUUCAUUUGGCAAAUGAAUCUGCCAAGGCUUCUCGACUGUUGCUUGAACUUGUUAUACAAGAACCGACCAUUAUGUUCAAUGACAUUGUCCUGGGUUUUGCUGAUGAGAUGUGCUAAAUUAGGCAGCUCAGAUCACAAAUGACAGAGAAAUGCAAGCAGGUGAAAAAACUAGUUUCUGAAAAUCCUGUAGUUGAUAGACUACUACUCGAGUUGCAUGUAAACGUUCAUGCUAAAGCUUCUGAAUUAUAGAUGUUUUCUACAGAGCAAUUAGUUAAAUUUUUAUGGCAUGGUAU